AUGAUGCGGCGCACGCUGCUCUGGCUCGUGAACUUCGAGCCCGUCUUCAUGCCAGCCCUCUCCCCGUCGAUGGAGACGGGCACGGUAGUCGAGUGGAAGAAGAAGAUCGGCGAGCUCGUGAAGGAGAGCGAUGUCUUCUGCACCAUCCAGACGGACAAGGCAGUAGUGGACUACACGAACACCUUCGAGAGCGGCUACCUCGCCAAGAUAUACUGUGGGAACGGCCAGUCUGCCCCCGUCGCCAAGACGAUCGCUGUGAUGGUGAGCGACGCCGCGGAUGUCAGUAAGGCGGACGAGUACACGCCUGAGGGCGAGGUGCCUGCCGCGGAGGCGGAGGCACCCACCGCUGCUGCUGUUGCCGCAGCGCCGGCCGCUGGUGGUGCCUCUUCUAAGGCACCGGAAGGCGUCACCUGUGAGCCCGUCUUCAUGCCAGCCCUCUCCCCGUCGAUGGAGACGGGCACGGUAGUCGAGUGGAAGAAGAAGAUCGGCGAGCUCGUGAAGGAGAGCGAUGUCUUCUGCACCAUCCAGACGGACAAGGCAGUAGUGGACUACACGAACACCUUCGAGAGCGGCUACCUCGCCAAGAUAUACUGUGGGAACGGCCAGUCUGCCCCCGUCGCCAAGACGAUCGCUGUGAUGGUGAGCGACGCUGCCGAUGUGGAGAAGGUUGCCAACUACUACCCCGAGGAUGCCGUUGGCGGGCCGCCGGCUUCCGCCGCUGACCCUUCUGCCGCCGCUGCUGCUGCUGCGUCAGCUCGACCGGCUCCAUCCGCCGCGUCUGCCAAGCACUACGGUGGCUCGCUCGAUGCGGCGGUGGCGGCUAGUGGCCCAAGUGUGGCCCGCAUUGCUGCUGGUCUGGAGACCAGCACCCUUGCCGGCAUCGCUCCCUCUGGCAAGGGUGGGCGUUUCCUGAAAUCCGACUUUUCUGGUCAACCCGGCUUCGACUACAACGACACCACGCCGGCGCGAGCGAUGCAGCAGAAGGCGGCCCCCGCCGCUGCCGCUGAUGAGGCGAGUAAGACGGCUGCGAAGUCUGCUGCCCCGGCGGCGGUAAGCGGGGACAUCUACAACGUUGUUCUCAAGCCCGGCCCUGUGUACAAGAGCGUCAGCGACACGGCCCUGCUGAAGAAGCUCAUGCACACCAUGCACGUUCCGAAGCCAAAGUUGAAGAAGGCCGCCGAGUAA